AUGGACUGCAUCAACGUCCUCUCAUGGAGCCACAGCGUGACGUUGGCACUUAUAUCCUCAACUUUAGAGCCAGUAACAACGAAGUCACCGACAUCCCCAAAUGCUACAGGCCAAAGUGUGGUGCCAACCCAUACCUUUGCAACAGUACCGCCUCUGGAUCUGCUUUUCGUCCCUGGCGGCUUGGGCACGCGCGGCUCGAGCCCAGUAAUUGAAGAGGCAGUCUUGUUCAUCCGAAACAUAUACCCCCAGCUGGGCUAUCUUAUUACGGUGUGUACUGGCGCGGGGCUUGCGGCGCGAGCUGGGGUUCUGAAUGGGAAGCGAGCCACGACGAAUAAGAUGGCCUGGGCUGAGAUUACGGAUCUGGGGGUGAAUGUCGACUGGGUUCCUCAUGCAAGAUGGGUCGUUGAUGGUAAUGUUUGGUCUUCUUCUGGGGUUAGUGCCGGCAUUGAUGUUACUCUGGCUUGGAUUGGAGAGGUCUAUGGGAGUGAGGUGGCAAAGGAUAUCUCGGAUAGCAUGGAAUAUACCCGACAUGGGGACCCUAGUCACGAUCCGUUUGCUGAACUGCAUGGGCUUUGA